UUUUCUUUAUUCGUAUAAAAUUAAAUAAUUUUGCACAUAGUUCAAUCAGUUGCUCCUCGACUUCGAACAACGAUACAACCAUAUUGAGGUGUAUUCUAGUGACAUUAGAUUAGUGUAGUUAGUAAAUACAUGCAUAUUAUCAAGUGCGCAAAUUGAGCGGUCUGCAAGAUGAACCUUCGAAACUCAUUGCUUCGCAUCGUCCUAGCAAUUUCCCUACUAAUAAUCCCUGCAAAUGGCCAGAGACUGUGCAGGACUCCGGUCGGAACGAGAGGCGAGUGUGUCUCGAUAUACGACUGUGCGCCUCUUCUUCGUCUGCUGCAAAGAUCGCCGCUGACUGACGACAUCAUACUGAGCCUGAGGAGGUCACAGUGCAGCAGGAGACCCAAUGAGAAGGAGUUUGUUUGCUGCGAACAAACCGCAAAUAGCAUAAAUCAUCCCACGCAGUUCUCAUCGCCAAGCAACAAUGUGGGAAACAUAAUUGACGAGUGCGGAGUUGAGCCCGCUUCCACGAGGAUCAUCGGAGGAUCAGAGACGAAGCUCACUGAAUAUCCAUGGCUGGCUCUCCUGGAGUACGAACGACGUGACGGAUCUUGGACUGCGGAAUGCGGCGGAUUUCUUAUCAACCGACGCUACGUCGUGACAGCAGCUCAUUGCAUCCUCGGAGACAAAGUGGACAAAGUCGGGAGGCUGAUCAACAUUCGUAUCGGUGAAUACAAUGUUGAGACGGAUCCAGACUGCAUCGUAGAUGAGUUUGGAGAUCAAAAUUGCAACGAUCCAGUUCUCAAUUUGGCCGUCGAGGAAAUCACAACGCACGAGAAUUACUUACGAGACAAUCCAUCGAACAACCAGAACGACAUUGCUCUCGUGCGAUUGUCAGGCAAUGUUGAGUACAGCAAUUCGCGUUCUCCCAUUUGCUUGCCAACGCCAAACUUCCCUGGCACGCGAGUCGGCGGCAAUGUGACCGUUGCCGGUUGGGGUCAAACACUUGAAUCACAGCGAAAUUCAGUAAAAUUGAAAGUUACCGUGCCAAUAGUCAGUGCAGAGAGAUGCGAAAGAGAGUAUUCGCGGAAGACUGAACUGUCUUUCGACUUGCAAAUGUGUGCAGGAGGAAACUUCAUCCAGGAUUCGUGUUUUAGGGAUUCCGGUGGACCUCUGAUAUCACGCGAAAAUGGCCUCUGGAUAGCGGAAGGGAUAGUUUCCUUCGGCACUGGCUGUGGCAUUGAAGUCUCCUCAGUGUACACAAGAGUGUCAGCUUUUGUGCCAUGGAUUCUAGAUAACAUGAGACCUUAAAUCUUAUCUGAUAUGCUAAUCGCAAGUUGAUAAGUGCUACGAAAUUAGAUUUUGCAUUUAGGUAUAAAAUAUGACACUUGGAAAUUGCAAAUGUGAGACGUUUUAGCCAAAUUCCUCUUAUAAGCCAGAGAUUUGAGUGAUUUACGAUGGAAUAUUGAAUAAAAUCUCUGAGUUGAGAUAA